AUGGGUGGCAUUCCAUGGACAAAGGAAGAAGAUCAAUUGCUCAGGAAAUGCAUAGAGCAGUAUGGAGAAGGCAAAUGGCAUCGUGUCCCUCUCUUGGCUGCUAGACUUCCUGGAAGGACCGGUAACGAUGUGAAGAACUACUGGAAUUGUCACUUGAGCAAGAAGCUAAAUGCUCAAGAAGCUGAAGACAAGAACAAGCAUUGUGCAAGGAAUGGGCAAGUCACGAGACCCCGAGCCUCAAACUAUGCCAGCACAAACUCAAAGAGGCCAUAUUCAACAGCUCUAGACCAAGCUCCAAGUAACAAUUUUUGUCAACCAGUUAAUCUACUAGCACAAGAAGGGGGCAGCAGCAGCCGCACACAAAUUCCAACGCCAAUGCCAAUGCUGUGCAAUAUUGGAGAUGGCCAGAAUCAGAUGUUUCAGGCAGAGCAUGAUGAGAGCAACAAGAAUGUUCCAAGUGUGGAAGAAGAAGAUAUUAAUGAUGGGAUUAAUAUGGGUGAUUUUCCAAUGGAGGGCCUUCCAUUUAAGGGAGUUGGAGAAUAUGAUCAAGAUGAUGAUGCUGCUGAUGAUGAUGGGGUCCACAAGCACAACAAAUGGGAAUGGGACGACUCCAUCUUGGGUGACGUGGACCUCUGGACUCAUCGUUAA